GCUCAGGUAGCGGUGCCGGUAGUCUUGAUCAGGCGGUUUGUUUGCGUUGUUUUGUCUUUCUUCUUUAUUGACGUUAUGUCGCUUCGCAGCAGCUUCGGCCGGCUCCUCAAGCAGCGGGCGGGAUCCACGUUGAGGGUCCAGAAGAGACCGGCGCACUCGGUGGCCCUAAUUGGAGCCCCUUUCUCCCGGGGCCAGAAAAAAAGCGGAGUGGACCAUGGCCCUGCCGCCAUCAGGGACGCGGGGCUGGUGGGCAAGCUCUCCCGCAUGGGUUGCCAGGUAUAUGAUCUGGGAGACUUAAAUUUCACUCAAAUCCCCAAUGAUGAGCUCUACAACAACCUAGUGAAAUAUCCACGCUCUGUAGGAUCAGCUAGCCAAGUUCUAGCUGACACUGUGAAUGGAGCCGUGGCUGCUGGUCAUAGCUGUGUAACCAUCGGAGGUGAUCACAGUUUAGCACUUGGUUCCAUCAGUGGCCACACAAGGCAGUACCCACACCUCUGUGUAAUCUGGGUAGAUGCACAUGCGGACAUCAAUACUCCACUCACCACAAAUUCAGGGAAUCUCCAUGGACAGCCAGUUUCAUUUCUUUUAAGGGAGCUUCAAGAUAAGGUGCCACAGCUUCCUGGCUUCUCUUGGCUAAAACCCUGUCUUUCACGAUCAGAUAUUGUAUAUAUUGGCUUAAGAGAUGUUGAUCCUGCUGAACACUAUAUUCUGAAGAACUAUGGCAUCCAGUAUUUUUCAAUGAGAGAUAUUGAUCGCUUAGGGAUCCAGAAAGUGAUGGAGAGAACCUUUGACCACCUUUUAAGCAGAGGACAAAGACCUAUCCAUCUCAGCUUCGACAUUGAUGCCUUUGAUCCAACAUUGGCUCCAUCAACUGGGACUCCUGUCUUGGGUGGCUUAACAUAUCGUGAAGGAAUGUACAUUUCAGAGGAAAUACACAACACAGGCCUGCUUUCAGCAGUGGACCUUGUAGAAGUAAAUCCGUUGCUCGGAACGUCCCAGGAAGACGUGGCUGCAACAGCUAACCUUGCAGUGGAAGUGAUUGCCACAUGCUUUGGCCAAACAAGAGAAGGGGCACACAUUGUUUUUGAUGGCCUCCCCACUCCCAGUUCCCCUGAUGAAUCUGACAGUGAAGAGCAAGUGCGGAUUUAGGAUGCUGAUGGCAAGCAGAUACUUUGCAACACGGAUUAUGUAACACUCUGGCGAUCUACUCAAAUGGAAGGGCAAAGAACAGACUAUAUUAUGCUCUGAAGUAUUAACCGGUCUUGUAGAGACUAGUUCUUUUUUCCCUAUUGUGUGACCAAAGAGCUGUAUUGCAAGUUAGACAUGACAUUUUAGACAAAUGUUUAUUACUUUCUAAUUACACAAUUUUAUGUCAGUCCUUUGUUUUUUCUCCUGCCCCUCAGCCGCAUUUCUUCCCACUGACUUCUCAGGUGAACAUGCUGUGAGGCUGGCAGCAUGUUAAUAGUGUCCUACAACUGCAUUAAAACAUAAUCCACCUGGUUUAAGAACUGUUCCUUGGCAAUGUCCAUGCAUAGUCCUUAAGGUGGAUGGAAGACAUCAAGGCAGAAAGCUGGGUGUUUUGAAAGUUCAGGUGAAGAACUUGUAGUAGACAACGCCUCCCAGGAUGGCAAGCUCCAAAAUAAUGAUAACGGAGAGCAACAGUUUGUUUGUCAUAAGCCUACGAAAGAAAUAGAAUGUGAGCAAUAUUUGGCUUCUUGAUAUUUCUGCCUAUCUAAGCCACUAUGAUGACAUGCAAGAUAUUUCAAAAGUCCAAAACCUAAUUCUAAUCUGGAAUGCUGGUGAUUUAUGAAUGCAGUACAUUUCCCUACAUAAACAGCUGGAUAUUUGUUUGAUGCAGAAUAGUAGAAUUCAGUUUAAGAUUGCAGAAGUAGAGUUGGAAAUGGAUGCACAUUAUGGGCCUGUUGUGUUGAAUUGUGUAAUACAACCCUGCCAUUCAACAAAGACUAUGUAGCACAAUAAAUGCAUAGAUCUGCAGGUACAGACACCCCAAUGCAAGAUCUCAGCCCUACUAUCUUAUGGGAUCUUGCUCUCACUUUAUUUAGUAGCUUUAGGACUUCAACCAUUGCUUGGAAGAAGUGACAAGAAGUUUAAGAAUACGAGACAUUUAAUUAUACAGAAACUCACUGUUCCUGAGAUUCUUUAUCAAACAAUGUAGAUCAAAAUCCUGUACUAGUUGUAAUAUUGAGUAUAAUUAACUGAUCCUUCCCCAAACCUGAUGGAAAUGUCAUUUAUCUGUGCUAUAAUUAUUGGCAUAAUGGAUAUCCUUCUCCCCAUGCAGCUCAUGCCCAGUAAAAUAGAUUGGGGGAGGAGGAAAUUACAACCAAGGCAAUGAUAUCACAAUCAUGACUUAGCUGAUCAGGAAAAUAAAAUGAAAGUUACUUAAAACUACUCCUCCGUAACUGGUUUACACUCACUAUGUAAUCAUGACUAUGACACUACUGCCACAAUCAUAUCUCCAAAACUACUUUACCAGACAUUAGCUGUAUGAGGGGAAAGAAGAGCCAUUGUGUUAGCCACUGGAACAUAUAUAAAAAGUGAUUCAUUAACAUAACAGCUGGAAAUAAGGUAUCGAUCUGUAAGCAGGAAACAAACUAGGAGUUUAAAAAUGAUUUUAAAAGCUAAAGAAAGAAAUUUGUAUCCACAUACAAGCUCAAGUUGGUGUGUCAAUUGCUCAUGGUAACAGAAGGUGAGAAAUCAAAUCAUGAUUUUGGUUCCAAAUAGACUGGAAUCCUGUUUCAUUCUCAUUUUCUGAUUGUCCCUCUCCCCUGAGAAUCUUUGGAUCCUAUACCAAGCUCCUUCAACUUGCCCUGCUGCCAAAAAAGUGACACUGCAUGUUGUCUUCUCACUGACCAGGAGGUACAAGGAGCAGUGCAGCUAAGGAUGUACCCACUUUGAUGCUUUCUGAACACAUCUGUGCAAAACAGUCCUCCCAUUGAGCAUUUUGCCAAGGAGUAUCCCUGUUCGCCUUGAUGCGUGAAUUAAAUAUCCUUUGAUUACCAGAAGUAUUGCCUCUCCACCACACCUUUCUAGUGAAAUGGAGAGCCAUAAGGAAACUGCUGAAAAGACCUGGAACUUGCACAGGGAUGCUGGUAUCUGCAUGCUUCACACUCCUUUGUGCAAAUGAAGUUGCAAUAAUCAAAUAUGAAGAGCAACCCUGGCAAGAACUGAAAACAACUGAUAAUUAUUAAAAUACGAUAUAUGAAACUCGGACAGUUAGUGCAAUAAAUUUUAACUAAGUUCCUGA